AGAGAAACUAACCAAAAUAAACACCUUUGAUCCAUAUCCAUGCGCUCAUGCUCGUGCUUUCUGUUGAUUGCUCUUGUCCUGCAGCAGUGUUUGAAAAAAAUUGAAAGAUAGAUUCAGAUCCUUAUAUUUAGAAUUCGGCCUGAUUUAAUAUAACGAUGAUGUCAUUUAUUCGGGUGGUUGCCCCACUGGCACGAGCUGUUCAUCGCCAAACUCCUAUUAUCGUAAAUGUGCAUCGAUUUGCUAGCGGAGGACCCCCUUCACUAUCUGCCCUGCAGAUAAAAAAGCGUAAGAGGAAGCCACUUGAGGACGAAGGAAAAAGGUUGAUGCCAGGGCAUUACUACAUGAGUGCAAUUCCAACUGCAGAGGAGUACGACUUGCAAGCGCUCAAAUCAGCUCUCUUGAAACAAGACUUGUACAAACCUACAUUUGUUGAUGAAGACGGUGCUUCAGAGCCAGAGGUUCUUCAUGCAACUGCCAAGUAUGAGGUUGGCUCAGAACCUAGAGAUAUUUUCUUUUUCCGAGAAGGGUCUCUGGUUGUUUGGAAUAUGAAUGAAAUUGAAAGUCAGGCUUUACUCACUUUCAUGAAGCCCUUCGAGUUGAGGAGUUUGACAGAAGAUGUUGCGGUCCAAGAAACAGAAUCCAUGACUUACAGCUACAGUGAACACAGAAAGAGUAGUCUUAUAGAUGGAAAUUUGGUCCUCUGGAAUGGAGGCGAAAAUCUGGUACUUGAAAAGUUCACUGUCUCCAAUGCGGUGGCUCUUUCUGUUAAACUGGGCUCAUGGGAAUCUGCAUUAGAAAAGUACAUCGACUCCAUAGAAUAUGUAACAGAGGACUUGAAAGCAGGUCGGGCCAUCAAAUUGAGCCAGUCUGAAGUGCUGCGGAAAACUGGCGAACUUUUUGCUCUGCGGCAUCUUAUAAACCUCCGGUCUGACUUGUUAGACACUCCAGAUUUCUAUUGGGACAGAGAGCACCUGGAACCAUUGUAUCUACGCAUGAUCAGCCACUUGAGCAUCAACAGACGCACUAGAGUGAUGAACGAAAGACUGAGCCAUUGCCUCGAGUUGGUCGAACUGCUCUCUGCUAAAUUGAGUGACAGGCAUCACGUUCGUCUGGAAUGGAUGAUCAUUGUGCUCAUCAUGGUGGAGGUCGCCUUCGAGUUUCUUCACUAUUACGACCGAAUUUUUGGAAACGAGUUGGAAACGCCCUCCAAAGAGGAAGACUGAAUCCAGUUAAGAGGUCGGCCCCUAGUCUGGCGAUCUCGUGGAUGAAGAAAUCGAUGUCUUCAUGGGUUACUCCUGAGCUCUGAACCACCAGUCUGAAGAAAUUUGGAAGGUGUCUCAGAGGCUGGUACGUCACCAUCAUGCUUCCCUCGCGCAUCAUUCUCUCCUUGAUUUUGGGUGCGACCUACAAAAAAGUGCCGCAAUUUAAUCAACAGUGCUUUAAAAACGUGAAAAGUGAAAUGACGAUAAAUAGACAAAAAUUUAAUGCCGAAGUUUGACAAUUUUAGUUAAAAUAUAAUGUUUCUGAGCUGUUAACUGAAUAUACCUUGUGAAGCUUUUCA